ACAACGACCACAACAGCUGAAACCACAUCAGCUCCAACCACAACAGCUGCUCCAACCACAACAACAGCGGCUUCAACGACAACCACAACAGCUCCAACCACAACCACAACAGCUCCAACUACGACAACAGCUGCUCCAACCACGACAACACCUGCUUCAACCACAAUCACAGUUGCCCCAACCACAACAGCAGCUCCAACCACAACAACAGCGGCUCCAACCACAACCACAACAGCUCCAACCACAACAACAGCUGCACUAACCACAACAACAGCGGCUCCAACCACAACCACAACAGCUCCAACCACAACAACAGCUGCUCCACCCACAACCACAGCGGCUCCAACCACAACCACAACAGCUCCAACCACGACAACAGCUGCUCCAACUACGACAACAGCGGCUCCAACCACAACAACAGCGGCUCCAACCACAACCACAACAGCUCCAACCACAACAACAGCUGCUCCACCUACAACAACAGCACUUACAACCACGACAACAGCUGCUCCAACCACGACAACAGCUGCCCCAACCACAACCACAACUGCUCCAACCACAACCACAGCUGCUCCAACCAACACCACAACAGCUCCAACCACAACAACAGUAUCUCCAACCACAACAGCAGCUACAACCACAACCACUGCUGCUCCAACAACGACCACAACAGCUCAAACCACAUCAGCUCCAACCACAACAGCUGCUCCAACCACAACAACAGCGGCUUCAACGACAACCACAACAGCUCCAACCACAACCACAACAGCUCCAACUACGACAACAGCUGCUCCAACCACGACAACACCUGCUUCAACCACAAUCACAGUUGCCCCAACCACAACAGCAGCUCCAACCACAACAACAGCGGCUCCAACCACAACCACAACAGCUCCAACCACAACAACAGCUGCACUAACCACAACAACUGCUACAACCACAACCACAGAUGCUACAUCCACAACAACAGCUGCUACAACCCGACCCCAACCACAACCACACUGCUCCAACCACGACAACAGCUGA